UUAGCUGGAAUUAUGUCCAGGAGAGACGUUUUAGCGUAUCGUACAGUUAAUCUUGUUAUCACUGUUUAAAAAAAUGCAGACCAUCACUAUUCUUGACUCAGUUAUACUUUGAAGUGAUCUCUAAAAGUCUAAGGAGGUUUUUCUCGGUUGAACGCGAAGAUGUUGAAUGUUCUUGCCGAGAGGAGUUGGGGAAAUGUGCGGCCCAGUCAAGUGCAUCGCGCCGAAGCUACCCGCAGGACUUUCCGGCUGCAGCUGAGCAAGCACCGCGACGUUCAACGCAUUCAUUCCAGCGGGAUCAACUCGCUGGACAUUGAUCCCAUCGAUUACAAAUUUAUGCUAUCAGGAGGGGCUGAUGGAGUCAUUGCAAUCUACGACCUGGAAUGCAUUCCAGAGGUCAAAGAGUUCACUUGUGAGACAGUGUGUACUAUUGGCAGGUCCAAUCGGCAUGUUCACAAGCACAGUGUGGAGACAGUCCAGUGGUAUCCAAGGGAUACAGGAAUGUUUACAUCCAGCUCCAUGGAUACGACUCUUAAGGUCUGGGACACCAAUGCCCUGAAGCCUGCAGAGCGCUUCGUCCUAGGGAAGGGCAUCUACAGCCACCAUAUGUCUCCUGUGGCUAACAAACAUUGUCUUAUAGCUGUUGGAACGAUAGAUCCCCAUGCUACCCUAUGUGAUCUUAAGUCCGGCUCCUCAACCCACAUCCUCAAGGGGCACAAGGCUUCAGUGGUCUGUGUGCAGUGGUCUUCUAAAGAUGAGUUCUUAUUGGCAACUGGGAGCCGGGACAACAAGAUACUGAUGUGGGACAUCCGCCAAGCCAAGGGAAGUCUGAUGUCCCUGGAUCAGCACAAUGGUGAAGUGGUCAAAGGCUCUUCUGCAGUGAGUACAGCUCAUAGUGGUCAUGUUAAUGGACUGUGCUUCACCGAGAAUGGUCUUCAUCUGGUCAGCUGUGGGACAGAUAACAGGGUCAGGCUCUGGGACACACUCAAUGGCAAAAACACACUGAUCAACUAUGGUAAGGUGUCCAAUAACAUGCGUAAGUGCAUUGAGAUCUGCACAUCAUCGGGUGUUCAGCCUGACGUGGCUUUCAUCCCCAGUGGGAGUGACAUUGAUAUGUUUGAUGUGUUCAGCGGAGAGACAGACAGUACCAUGAAGGGCCACUACAACAAUGUUAACUGCUGUGUCUUCCAUCCUCUAUACCAGGAAGUAUACAGUGGAGGAAACGACAGUAACAUCCUGAUCUGGGAGCCUGAUAUGGGUCACAUUCACUUUGAAGAACCACCACCAAAGAAACUAGCCGGUGCAUCUAAGGUGAAGAAGUUCAAUGGAAACGAGAUUAAUGCCACGGCAGACACAUGGAGUAGCAGUGAUGAAGGAGACUGAAGGUUGACAUUGGUUGGUGUAAGAAGAACAACUGCAGUCCAGCUGCAGAUGAGGGUCAGAUAUGAAGAAGGGCUGGAUCUUUCUGAAGAUGGUAACCUUCAUACAUUGUAGAUGAUGAUCUGUAAGGGAAAUCUUGAUUGAAGAUGAGUAAUGCUGUACACAUGCUAUACAACUCCUGUUCAUCUUCUGUGUAUCAUCAGUGUGCAGGCUUGGCAUCAUCUGCAGCUUCUGUGCAGCAUUUGUGCCGCUAGUGUGCACCUCCUGUGCAAAGGCUGUGAAUUUCAUAUGCAGCUGUGAAGCUUCAAUGGUUCUCUUGUGCCAUCACUAUGUAGCUGUUGUAGGUGUGGUGUAUCAACAUGCGAAAGAGUCGAAGAAUGUUCCAGCAAAGCAUAGUAAGAAAGUGACUACCACCACAGUGUCCGCUCGAUGAUGUGAGAACUCACAAGCAGGUUUAGUAACCAUGAUGAUAUAGAUAGAGAUGGAGAUAGAAUUCGAUGUGAUUGUUAUGAAUAAAGCAUUAGACCUAAUAUCAGUUAAAUUUCUGCCUUGAACCGAAAGCAUGGCAGUCUAUCUCAUGUAUACAUAUAUGUGUGUGUUCUAUUUAGCAUUUUGAGCCAAACUUGAAAGUGGUUGAAUUGUGCCUAAAUCCAUUAGAAAAUGCCUGAAAACUAUAGUGGAGAGUCACAGGUGUACCAUAAAAAUCAUGACUGUUGCUUAACCUUGUACUCCGUGGGUAGCACUCUGCUAAGUAGUGUAUCAGAAUGUCCAUGUUAUUUUCAAUUUCUCACCUUUACAAUCGAUUCUCACAAAAAUAUAUUCUACAGCGUGGUAUCGGAGAAGCUGGCUCCUUAAUCACUUAAUUAGAUAACUUUUAAAACAGUUGAAGAAAGAGUAAUUUUUGGUUGAUUUGUUUAUUGAAUUUGAAUUUGAAUUUGAAUUCAUUUGCAACAACAAUCAUAUAUG